UCUGCGCUCUGUGGGAUAGUUUAUUGUAUUAAGCUAGCAUUAGAAGCUAACGUCAAACUUACUCGUAUGGUUAAAAAGUUAGCCGAGUAGUUAGCAUGCCAGAUACAUUAGCGGUGUUAGCUUGAAUUGGUGCAACGCUGUCACCUCGUUAUUGCGAUAUAUUAGUAAUUAAAUGUUUAUGUAUAUAUUUUAAUUCAAGAAUGUUAGUAACGUUACGGUAGACUGGACAAAUCGAUGCCAUUUGUGCCUGAGGCGUGUGGUUUCUAUAGUAACGGCUCCAGGACCCAGUAUGUGAAGGGCAGAGAGAGGACACUGAGGUCACUUUUUUAGAAAGCGCAGUCAUGGUGCUGAAGAUCUUCUUCCCGCGGUGCUGCAACAUGGCCGACAGCGGUCUGCUCGUAGGCCGCUGGAUCCCAGGCCACGACUCGGCCGUGGUGCUCGCUGUCGUUCACUACCCCUUCAUACCCGGCCACGUGAAGAAGUACCUGAGUGAGCUGCGCAGCCAGAUUCAGCUGGAUCUGACCAUCCUGGGCUCGUGGAGCUUCUCCAAGGACGGCCAGAAGGAAAUGGACGGCUUCCUGAAUGACCUCAGCACCAUCUUCCCUCACACGCGCUGGCUGCAGCUGAGCCGUGAACCUGGGAAGCGAGGAUUCUCAUGUGAGUUGGUGCCCAAAAAUGGACAAGCACCAGCAGGCGGCGAGGAAGACAAAACCAUCUUCGUCCAUUACGACCAGAGGAAGGUCAUGCUCUCGCAGCUUCACCCUGUCCACGAGAACGCCGCUGAUGUGGAGUCUUCAGAGCUACGCGCGGUUUUCAACACGGUUUCACAGAGCGAGCCGCUGUUCCUCCUCGAUAAAUAUGACGACGGGCCACUGAAGCUGACCCACUGGCAGUCAGAUGGCAGGGAGGCGAGCAUCAUCGUCGAAUUGGUCAAGCAAGCCUCCGUCCCCAUCUGCAUCCUCCUCACCAUGCUGGUGUCUUGGUGGAGAUGGGUGUGGAGCUUCAGGGUGCUGAAUAUUUGGCCGUUGCGCUUCAUCGCAGGCAAGCUGUCCACCUGCGUUCAGGCGGGAUACAGGACCGAUCAUUUCCAAACCGUCUUCUCGACCAGGAAAGCCACGACGCACACGGACUUCAUGAGGAAGGCGAACAUGUUUGUGUCCUUCUUUGUGGACAUAGCUCUGGGACUGCUGCUGAUCUCUUGGCUCUACAGAGAGAACCGCAUCAGCCAGCUCGCUAACACCUUAGUGCCGGCUGCUGACCACGUAGCAAAGGAGCUGCAGGAGCUGCUGGAGUGGCUCAUGGGCGCCCCCGCUGGUCUGAAGAUGAAUCGCGCUUUAGACGAGGUCCUGGGGAGAUUCUUCCUCUACCACAUUCACCUGUGGAUCAGUUACAUCCGUCUAAUGUCUCCCUUUAUCGAAAUGAUCUUGUGGUACGUCGGACUCUCUGCUUGCCUGGGUUUGACCUUCGCUCUGUCUGUCCUGUCGGACAUCGUGGCGUUUUUGACCUUCCACAUCUACUGCUUUUACGUGUAUGGAGCUCGGCUCUACUUUCUGAAGAUCUACGGCCUGUCAUCUCUCUGGAGGCUCUUCCGUGGGAAAAAGUGGAACGUCCUGAGACAGCGCGUGGACUCGUGCUCUUACGACUUAGACCAGCUGUUUCUCGGGACUCUGCUCUUCACCGUGCUGCUGUUUCUGCUCCCCACCACUGCGCUGUAUUACCUGGUCUUUACCCUGCUGCGGCUGGUGGUGGUGAUGUUCCAGGGUCUGAUCCACCUCAGCGUGGACUUCAUCAACUCCUUCCCGCUGUUCGCCGUGGGGCUGCGCGUCUGCCGGCCGUAUCGACUGGCUGAGGGAGUGAAAUUCCAUGUGCUGCAUGAAGAACCUGGUGCUCCACUUCACCUGCUGAUGGAGAUUAACCCUCUGCAGUGCGGUUCGGUGCUGCAGUGUUAUCGCAUCGAGACGUCCGGCUGCUCGUCCAGAGACUCGUGGCUCGCUUUGUGUAAGAAGCUGUUUGUAGGAGAGCUCAUUUACCCCUGGAGGCAGAAAAGCACCAAGACUGACUGAAACGCACCCGAGACUCUCCUGAGCUCCACCACACUCACCAACACACACACCCCUCCCCCAGCAAUCACACAAUCACCACUCCGAUGACACGCCCACUCCUCUCUCUCUCCGCCCGCUGUGUGAGAUGGCAUCGGAGGUGUCUGUGUUUUUUUAUUUUGUUUUUUUCUGAACUGAAUAAAUGUUCUGCCCUGGUCUGGUGCUGCUUAUGGUAUUUUAAUCCUAGUCUUAGUCUUAAUAAAAUCUAAUCCUAAAUUCAGAUCCUAAUUAUUUUCUUAUGAUUAUUAACUUAUUGAUUUGUUGAUGAUUAUACAUUGUUUUCUAACAUUCAGUUGAUGAAGUGUAGUUUUUAUUUCUUUUUGGUGUAUUUUGGUGUAUGUUUAACAAAAAUGUCCUUAAAAAAUUCUGAAAAUUGAAAAAAUUGAAGAUUGAAAAUCCUGUAAUAAUAAAGUAGUGAUGUAGUGACCUGAGGUGGGUUCAUCUGAACUGAUACUGAUUCGUUCACCUGAGUGAGUCGUUUGAACUGAAUCAUUUGUAAAUGAAUCAUUCGUACUUCAGGUGUGGUUUGCGCUCAGCAUUUCGACUUGUGCCAUGUCAUUUAAGCCUCCUGUUUCUGUGGUGUCUUGUUGAUUACAAACACAUUAGCAUGUUUAUUGAUCAGGAGGAAUCAGAUACAUUUUUUGUCACUUAAGAAUAUUUUUUUUCUAAUUUGCAUUAAAAUACUCUUU